AUGCCUUCCAUAAUCAAACAACAAAUAUUGAGACCAUUGUCAAAAUUUGGCAAGAAUAUUGACCCAAAUCAGAUAACGAUGAGUGCAUUGAAAGGGGAAGUGAAUAUGGCUAAUUUAGAACUGAAUGAAGAUGUUUUGAUGGAAGUUCUAAACUUUCCAACGUGGCUGCGGAUUAGAAGCGCUGUAUGCACUCAAAUAUCUAUAAAGUUGCUAAGCGGAGUACUUAUAUUAGUCAAUCUUUUGAUCCCUUUGAUUGUAACUAUUAACGUCGUCUUAUCUUAUGUAACGUUAUCGAGUAAAAAGCCUAACUGGAAUCCAGGACCCUUGCAUUUUACGUUCAUUCAAUUGCCAGAAAAAAACAGUGUACUCAUUUUUAAAGAAAUAUCGUGGGAAAGUACUCGAUUUGAGGCAGAUGGACUGGCUGCUCAUAUGACACCCGUCAAAGUUAUCACUAAUCAUGCUAACCUCCGUGUUGUUUUGAAGAAAAGGCUUUCUGGUAAUUAUUUAUGUUAA